AUGCUUUCAAGUAUAGACGCGAACACGAUUUUCAAUGCUGUGCUAAUUUUUUCUUGGGUAACAUUUUUAUGGGAGACUUACCUUGCGUUCAGACAGCGAAGUGUAGCUAAACGAAGCUCCAGAGUUCCCUCAGAACUCAAUGGUGUGAUGGAGCAGGACAUAUUUGACAAAGCAAGAAGCUACCACUUGGAUAAAAGUACAUUUGGCCUCUGGCAUAGUUUGUACAGUCAGAUAGAGUCAACGCUUAUAUUGUGGUUUGGUGGCUUUCCACUUCUGUGGAAUUUAUCUUCAACUGUGCAGCAGAAACUGAACUUGCCAGAGGGAGAGAUAAUACAAUCACUUGUGUUCUUGGUGAUUGGGAUGAUAUUUUCUUGCAUUAUGUCAUUGCCUUGGUCCCUUUACAGUACUUUUGUCAUUGAAGAAAAACAUGGAUUUAACAAACAGACUCUUGGAUUUUUCUUCAAAGACACCCUGAAGCACAUGGGAGUUACUCUGGUCAUAUCGUUGCCAGUUACAGCUGCGUUGAUCUUCAUUAUCCAGGCUGGAGGCGACUACUUUUUCAUUUAUGCGUGGCUGUUUGCACUAAUUGUUUCCCUGGUAAUUUUUACUGUUUAUGCUGACUACAUUGCUCCACUGUUUGACAAAUUUACACCGCUGCCCGACGGAGAGCUUCGCUCGCGCAUUGAAGAGCUGGCUAGCAAUAUUAAAUUCCCUCUCAAAAAGCUCUUUGUUGUAGAAGGCUCCAAGAGGUCUUCGCACAGCAAUGCUUACUUCUACGGCUUCUUUAACAACAAGCGCAUUGUUUUGUUUGAUACUCUCCUUGAGGACUAUACCCCUGACAACAAGAAAGAGGAGGGCGGUGAACAAGCAGCUGAUGCAGAUGAUAGUAAACAGAAAAAUGAUACGGAAUCUAAUGAAAGCAAAAACUCUGAAGAUGAUGGACAGCCAAUAAACGAAAAUAAAGAGAGUGAUACAGAGAAUAAAGAAAAGACAGAAGAGGGUGAAGCAACGAAAAAGAAAAAGAAAGGUUGCAGCAACAAUGAGGUCUUAGCUGUUCUGAGUCAUGAGUUAGGUCACUGGUACCUCAACCAUGUUUUGAAACAGCUGAUUUUGUCUCAGGUUAACCUGUUCUUGUGCUUUUUAGUGUUUGCUCUACUCAUGAAGAAGACCAUCCUGUACUCAGCCUUUGGUUUUGAUACCCAGCCAACAUUAAUUGGGCUCAUCAUUAUAUUUCAGUUCAUAUUUGCUCCAUAUAAUGAGGUCCUGUCAUUCAUCAUCACACACAUUUCCCGCAAGUUUGAGUUCCAAGCUGAUGCAUUUGCUCUCAAGUUGAAAUAUGGCAACCUGCUGCAGUCUGCUCUGAUCAAACUGAAUGAAGACAACCUGAGCUUUCCUCUGAGUGACUGGUUGUAUUCUGCUUGGCAUUUCUCACAUCCUCCCCUUUUAGACAGACUGAAGGCUCUCAAGCAGGACGAGAAAGGCAGCAAAAAGACACAGUAG